AUUUAUUAUAUUUAUAACAGUUCAUCAAUGCAAACAAGUAUCGAAGUCUAAAGCGGUUACUUUAUUUCGCUCGAUGACAUAAUUUUAGAUUGAUUGGAAUAGAUUUAAAUGGGCAUGGAUGCUAGCCAUUAGACCAGCCCUUUAACACGAGGACAUUUGUCUAGAUAUGUGUACCUAUUCUAUAUUUUAACUGUGAAAAGAAUUAGUUUAUCGUUUUAAUAAUUGAAUUGGAAGUUUAAAAUUAAAAUAAUUGGGAUAUUUUUUGAGCGAACAUGCCAAAGGUCAAAAAAGGUCAAACUGAGGGGACAAAGGCCCUGGGGCCGAAGAAUAAGAGGAAAAGAACUGAAAAAACCCGCGACGUGGGAACAUCGUCCACGCAGGCAGAGAGUCUCUCCGAAGAAGUUCCGCAGAUGAUGGCACCAGUGACACUUCAUGGUGACGCAGCCCCAGGAGCCCCUGGUGGCUUGGAUGCUGCACCCAUUCCAGGGCUAAGAUGUUCAGUCUGGAUAGUGGGAUCCUCCAUUGUAAGAAAUGCAGGAAUUGCAGCCUUAAGCAGGCCAGGGGGACAGGGCUUAGGACUCCAGACAAAAGAGAUCGACAUUUGGUGGCAGGGCUAUGGGGGGUUGCGAUUUGUUGAUCUUGCCUGCAAGCUCAGAUGGUUAGCCCAGUUUGAGAAUCCACCUAAUUUUAUAGUUAUCCAUUGUGGUGCCAAUGACAUAGGGCAAGUAAAAACCCAAAAGUUGUUAGAUAGGGUAAGGUGGGAUUUACGUUUACUUGCUUCUAUCUUCCCGAACACAAAACUAGUUUGGUCGUUCUUGCUGCCCAGGGUAGCAUGGCGUUACUCAAAAAACGUCAGGGCGAUGGAGCAGACACGAAACAGGGUCAACAGGGCAGCAGCCAAAGAAAUCCUAGGUUGUGGGGGGAGGCUUCUUAGGCAUACACAGUUUUUAGGAAAACCUAAACAACUGUACAGCCGGGAUGGUGUACAUCUGUCGGGUCUGGGGAACGACAUUUAUCUAAAUAACCUACAGGGGGCAUUGGAAUAUUUUGUCGAAAACAAGGAGGGAGUGGUUUUCCCAGUGAAUUAAAUUCUAGGGUCCUUACAAACAUGUCCACAGUGGUGUUAAAUUGAAGUUGCCUACCCCCACGAGGUGGCGGUGGGCACCUUUGGUGCCCAAAGGUGCCCAUGUGGCGUAAUUGUCACCUUCAAUUUAACCAUCCAACUGAUCUUAGUAUGUAGUGAGUUUGUUGUGGUUGAUGUUGAUGUAUAUAGAUAUAUUAUGUGGACUAAUAAGACAUUUGAGUAAAGAAAAUCUAAAUUAUGUAAUACAAAUAUAUUAUCAAAUUUUGUGUUGAAUUGUGUCCGUAGCACGAUUGCGGUCAACCCAGCGUGCUACUUUUCCCAGCAGGGAGGGCAUAAAAUGUUGAUGUAGGGGGUAUGCCAUGUUGUCGGCUACCCCAUUGUUGUAACAAUUUUUUGACCACUGUGGACAUUACCUGCCAACUUAAUAAAUCAGUUCAUAAACACUUGUGUUGUUGAAAAUAUACUUAUAUAAGG